AUAGCCUACGAAGUCCAUGGUAGAUGACGCUAAACGGCGUUCCAAACAACUAAAAAUAAUUCCGUUUGUGUUUUCCCGCUCCACAGUCGUCAAAAUUCAGUGACUUUGUUGAAUUGUUGCUGGGACUUCCCGCGUUAUUUCUUGAUUCUGAAGUUAUUUUCGAAGGGAAAUUUUAAAUAAGAAAGCAAAAAUUGGUGCUUAGCCAAAACAACUGAAAAUGUUACGUAGAGGGGGGAAAAGAAUAAGGAUGGAUGAUCCUCCUGAGGAUUAUGAACCACCAUUUACUCCUUAUUCCGUUCAACCACAAACUCCUAUGGAUCAACAAAGUAAUUUAUUUGGUGGACAAUAUGGGCAAUACAAUGAAAAUGUCUCUCUGCAAUAUGAUUCUGGAAAUACUUCCAACAUGGAGUAUGACCAAAAUUUCGGUCCAGCACAGCAGAAUGUGAAUGUGUUCAGUUCGAAUCAGUUGGAAGAACCUGCAGUUCCAACUCUUUCUAUUGGGCGUGGACGGACAACUCGAAGUUCUCGUGGCAGAAUCUCAGUUACCCCUGCUGGGAAAAAAGGAUUGGCUGCUGCUGCAAAUUCACAGAGAGUAAUGUCUAGCCCAGAAGAUACUCCUGUACCUACUCCAAGCCCUGCCCCUCGACGACGGGGACGUCCAAGGAAAAAUCCAGUGAUGGAACAUUCUACUGUUGAAGACGAAAGCACUUUAUUUUGUAUUAUUAGAAAUGGCAAAAGCUCUUUACAGCAAAUUGUAGAUGAAUGGAUUGAGCAGUACAAAGCUGAUCGUGACUCAGGAUUGCGGGCCAUAAUGCAGUUCUUCAUUAGUGCUUCCGGAUGCAAAGGGAAAAUAACCUCUCAAAUGCAAAGUAGCAUGGAACAUGCCGCGAUUAUCCGUCGCAUGACCGAAGAGUUUGAUGAAGAAAGUGGUGAAUACCCGAUGAUCAUGUCUGGUCCACAAUGGAAGAAAUUUCGAAGCAACUUCUGUGACUUCGUUCAAACACUUGUGAAGCAAUGCCAAUAUUCCAUCAUUUAUGAUCAGUACCUCAUGGAUAAUGUAAUUUCACUACUUACUGGUCUUUCUGAUUCCCAAGUAAGAGCGUUUCGUCAUACUGCUACACUAGCUGCUAUGAAACUAAUGACUGCGUUGGUUGAUGUGGCUCUGACUGUAUCGAUCCAUCUUGAUAACACGUCUCGUCAGUAUGAAGCUGAGCGACAGAAAACUCGGGAUAAACGAGCCAGUGAUCGUCUAGAAGCGUUGCUUGCCAAACACCAAGAACUUGAAGAAAACAUGGAUGAAAUCAAAAACAUGUUGACUUACACAUUCAAGUCGGUUUUCGUCCAUCGUUACCGAGAUAUCGUUCCUGAAAUUCGAGCCAUUUGUAUGGCGGAAAUUGGCAUUUGGAUGAAGCGGUUCCCCCAAAAUUUCCUCGAUGACUCCUACCUCAAGUAUAUAGGGUGGACUUUGCAUGACAAAGUUGGUGAUGUUCGUUUAAGAUGUCUUCAAGCUCUCCAACCGCUCUAUGCUUCAGAAGAACUUAAGGGAAAAUUGGAACUGUUUACUAGCAAAUUUAAGGAUCGUGUCGUUUCGAUGACACUAGACAAAGAGUACGAUGUUGCCGUACAAGCUGUUCGUUUGAUCAUCAGCAUUCAUAAGUAUCAUCGAGAAAUAUUGUCAGAUAAGGAUUGCGAGGCUGUUUAUGAGUUGGUGUUCUCUUCCCAUCGAGCCGUUGCGCAAGCUGCUGGUGAGUUUCUCAACGAGCGGCUUUUCACACUCGAUGAUACCAGUCCCCCGGCUCUACGUACUCACCGUGGCAAAAAGAGACUGCCUAAUACACCUCUCAUUCGGGAUUUGGUUCAAUUUUUCAUCGAGUCUGAGUUGCAUGAACACGGAGCAUAUUUGGUCGACUCCCUAAUUGAUUCAAAUGAAAUGAUGAAAGAUUGGGAGUGCAUGACGGAUUUGUUAAUGGAAGAUCCUGGGCCAGGUGAAGAAUCUUUGGAUGAUCGGCAAGAAACAAGUUUGAUUGAACUGAUGACAUGUUGCAUCAAACAAGCUGCGACUGGAGAGCCACCCGUUGGGCGUGGACCUACAAGAAAGAUUACCACCGCGAAAGAAACCAAACAAGCCCAAGAUGAUCGUGUUCGACUAACUGAACAUUUUAUCCAAACCCUUCCUCUGUUACUCGGGAAAUAUAUCGCGGAUCCUGAAAAAGUUGCAAACCUCCUGUUGAUUCCCCAAUACUUUGAUAUGGAAAUCUACACUACCUCACGUCAAGAAAAGAGUUUAGAAUCGUUAUUGCGUUUGAUGCAAAAUGUUGUCGAGAGACACACCGAAACAGAAGUGCUUGAAAAUUGUGCCAAAACAUUGGAAGUUCUUUGUACUGAAGAUCACGCAAUCUACUCUCGAUGUGACGUCAUAAGAAGUACUUUAAUCGAUCGCCUGGUUAACAAAUUGCGUGAAGUUCUUGACGAUCAUCUAACUCUGAUCGCUGGUGACGAAGAGCCCAACGAAGAUGAGGUGUUUGCCCUUGUAUCAAGUUUGAAAAAAGUUGCCAUCUUCUGGUCGUGCCACAACCUUGGACCAUGGAAUUUGUGGGAUCCUCUUUUCAACGCUGUUCGAGAAGCUAAAGAUCUAAGCCGGUCUAUGCCACCUGAAGCUAUAAAAUACUGCAUCUCAGCCUGCUAUUCUGCCAUUUUAUGGGAACUUCUACAGCUGGAAAACGGUUCUGGACGAGGAACGUCUGCCGCUCAACAACAAAAGCAACUGAGAGAUCAUUUGGAUGCGUACAUUCCAUUGAUGACCGAGCUCGUCAUCACUUCAAAUGUUGCUCUGUUUAGAGAAGAGGCCUACAUAUCUGUGUGCGAUUUGCUCAUAUCUUUUUGCAAGCAACUGGAAGACAAUCCCCUUUUGAGACCGCUGGUUUAUGAGCCUGACCGUGGCCUGCAACAAACUUUAAAUGAUUUUAUUCAGACUUACGUGUUCGUUGAAGAAGAGGACGAAGAACACGACGAGCACACCAAAAUUGAAGAAUUGCACAAACGCCGCAGCUACCUGUCUAGCUUCUGCAAACUGGUCGUUUACAACGUCCUGCCCAUAAAAACUGCGGCAGAUGUUUUCCGACACUACGUGAAGUAUUACAAUGAUUACGGUGACAUCAUUAAAACGACGUUGGGAAAAGCCCGAGAAAUCAACAAAGUUAGCUGUGCCAGGACUAUGGUUCUAAGUCUCUCCAUGCUCUUUCGCGAUUUAAGUAGAGAUGCCGGAAGUCGUAUUGAUCGACAAUCAGAAGAGUUUUUGAGCGUCAAGGAAUUGGCCAAACGAUUUGCCCUUUCUUUCGGACUGGACGCGUUAAAAAAUCGCGAAGCUAUCACCGCCCUGCAUAGAGAUGCCAUUCUUUUUGCCACCAACCCACUCGAGAAUCCCAACGAUCCAACUGGCCCUCCACCUAAUUUGGCUUUUCUAGAAAUCGGCGCCGAGUUUACGAAUAAAUUGCUGAAACAAGACAAAAGAAUGGUUUUACAGUUUCUGGACCGGAUUCUGACAAUGGGAAUGCCUUCAUCUCGCGGCGAAGAAUGGCAACCUCUCUUGUUGUACCGCAAUUCCUUGGUCCAUGGCGAAACUGAUCUACCUCCGCAGACGGCUCGGCGUGCGUACGGAAGGCGUCGACGCGAUGCAGGCGGGGACGACGGUGAAAUCGCUGAUGAUAACGACGAUGCCGGAUCAGACCAAGAUUUUGCUGGUUAUUAAUCUCUCGCUAUUCGGAAAAAGUAAUGUUGCCGUUUCGUCAAGACGUUCUCCAACUUGAUUGCAUUUCCCUUUUGUCAGCAAGUCUUUUAUGAUUGCUUUUAUUUCACCCGUUUUUAUGUCUUCUUUUAAAAUAAAUAGAAAAGUAACAACAAUAAUAAAAAAAAAAAGAAAUC